GUCCACCGACUCUCCUUGCACGCUCUGCUGGAGUGAAGAAAUGGAGGAGGAAGAAACGCACGACAAGUGGAAAGAAGAAGGGGAAUCAGCUUCUUCAAAGUAAAAAAUAAUAAUUAAAGCAAAGUAAAAAAUAAUGGGCUCCGUCCUUUUCCGGGUCGGGUGCUUUGCUGGCUCGGGUAUUCAGGCUGACUCAGCCUUUCUGUCGGCCCAGUCAGAGUUUUCGUUUGCCACAUCAUCAAAAAUUUGACGUCAUUAACGGAGUCUGACGGCGAGUGGCUGCGGUGAAAUGUUUCAUAAAGUGAGUGACCAAUAAGCAAGGUUUGUAAUUCGGGUGGCAAACGUGAAAUAUUUAUGUAAUUUGAGUGACCAAUCGUAUAAUUCACCCUCAAUCUUUUCAAUUGUGGUGAUUAACUUUCAUAUAAGCUUAAAUUUUAUUUACAUUGCAACUUUUUCCGCUAACAUAAUAAUAUAUUUAGAGAGUCAAAUAAAAAAAAAAUGGUAGUGUAUAAAAAAAUUGAACUAUUAACAAAAUGAACUCUCACAAAUAAAAAAGCUGUAAAAAAGCACUGUUAUCAAAACCGGGCCAGAUCGGACGGACCGACCGCGGUAACCCGGAUCCGCCCAGCUUUCCGGUUUCGAAUGGCUAAAAACGCAAAGGAAAUUGUCGGCCCGGUAUCGACUGUCCAACCGACUAACCGGUAAACCCGGAUGACCCGUAUCGGCGGUUAUGGUCCCCGCUGACCUUCCACUUUUUUUUUCUCCGUUGAAUGACCUUCCAUUUCUUAUUCUUUCUAUUUAUUGGAAAUUUAUUGUUUUUUCAAAACCGAGAUAUUAAAAAGGGAAAGAAAAUAUUUAUUUCCUCCUUUUUACAAAUUUGUCACUUUUCCGUUUUCUCCUCCAACCAUCACUACUUUUCAUUUUCCAUUUUUAACGUGUGCCGGUCAUGAAACCGGAAUGACACCGCCGGUAUGACCGGUAUGAUCGACUUAUAUAUUGUAAGCAAAUUAACAUCAUUUUAAUGAAUUUAAUUAAUAUAAAAAUUAAUUUAUCAUUCAUUUUAUGAAUUUAAUAGUUAAAAGUUGAUGAUAUUUGUUGGAUUGUAACUUAAUUGUCCACAAAUAUGUUUUAUAUAUGAUUAAAUACAUUGGAUAUUAAUUGUUUUUACACUUUUUUAAACCGGCAUGAACCGGCACAAACUGGUUAUACCACCGAUUAUACCAUUCCACUUGCCAAACCGGCACAACGGUAUAAACCGGUUUGACAACCUUGAUCUCAAACGUCCAUUCAACUUUAAGUGAUUAUAAAAACCCUAGAUUAACACUCCAGUCUUCACUUUCUCUCGCCAAAACUUCUUUACCCUUCUUCGUUUGGCUCUCUGCCUUAUUCUUUUUCUCCUUGGCGGCGACACUUCCCUGUUUGUUUUCCCACCGGUGCUUCCUUCUCCUCUUCAGCAUCCCAAACGGUGGUAUGAUUAGUAUUGGUUUUUUAUUUUGCUAGUUUGAGGUCUUCAAUUCACUAUUAGUUUUAGAUCUAUAUUUUCUUUAACAUAGUCUCUUUAUUUUUCUCCUAAACUGGACAACAGAUGAUGAAGUCAGUGGCAGCAUUGUGGACGCUGCUUCAGUUGGAGCGAUAUCCGUGAUGACCAGGCAAUGGCAUAGUGGCGUGCUUAAGCGAGAAGGCUAUGAUUGAGAACGUGUUGGUGGCUGGACGGUGAUGAAUAACAAUACAAUGCAGAGACAAUAUGCUUGCGGUGAUGGUUUUUGUGUCUACCCAUUCUAUAUUGUAAAUAAAUUGUACAAAGUAUUACAUUUUUUCAUCUCGUACGGAACAACAACUCUAUUGUAUGUUUAUUCAUAUAGUAAAUCAAUUGUGGUCUGUGGAACAUAUCAAUUUGGUCUCAAAUUUGCUCAAUUGAGUUUUUAUUUGGUUUAAUAUUUUCAUAUUUUCAAAUUCUUGUCACAAGAAAUAUUUUCAGAGCGUAAUAAUCGAAUAAGUGUGCAUAUCCCUAAAAUAAAAAUUUCAUAGGAGACCAUUUGUCAUCCCCAAAGUACAAGUUCGGGAACAACCGCUCGUCCCUAUAUAUAAUAUAGGUGACAACUUGGCAUCUCUAUAAAGGACCAGUUGUUGUUAUGAAAUAGUACUUUGGAGACGAUCAAUUGACUCCAAUUUGACAACAAUGGAGACGACAUUUUAUCCCUAAAAAUAACAUUGGGGACGACUUAUUGUCAUUAAACUCAUGGCUAUAGGAUCGACAUUUUAUCUUUCAUGGAGUAGAGACGAGAUGACAGGUCAUAAAUUUUGGGGACGACUAUUGUCCCUAGUAUCGGGGACGACCUAUAUAUUAGUCGUCCCCAAAAGAAUAGAGGACAAGAGUAUAAGGGACGAAAAAAACUACGAGGACGAUUUUGUCUAUUUCCAGGGAUGAUUUUUAUUGUCCCCUCUUUUUUGUACUGCAUAAUAUGCAGAUCAUAUAUUAUCACAUCAAAACAUCAUAUAAUACACCAAUAUUCUCAAUCUCAAGUGUCUACAUUAUAUUUCGGACCAAGCAGUGCCAGGCAGUUUCAUCCACGACUUUUCAAAACAUUUUGUCUAUUAUCCUCGCUAGAGGAAUCAUUUAGCCGGAGAUUAAGGAAUAUCGGCCCGAAGUCUUGAACACCCAGGCGGCCUCUGUAGUUGGCGGCUCGCUACACGAGAUUCCAUCAUUCAUUUAAUCGUUUGCAGAGGUUGGCGAGUCCCUCUGGAGUUGGUGAUCUGCUACAGGGUACGUAUUCGAUCAUUCAUUUAAUCGGGUAGAAGCUCUUCUUCAUGUCCCCUCCCCUGGUCUAUAUAUAUCAGCAGGCCAGGAAGAGCCACCGUAAAAAGCUUGUUUAUACACACUCACAUACUGAAAAAUGAAUCAAAGGGAGAAAAUUCGCAUCAUUUCCACAGAAACAAUCAAACCAUCUUCACCAACUCCCCCGCACCUCACCAAUUUCAAGCUCUCCCUAGUCGACAACUACACUGCUGCAGCAGGGUAUACGCCCCUCGUCUUCUUCUAUCCUGCCCACGGUUCGAAAACAGGGGAAGAGAGGCUCCAUGUCCUGAAGUCUUCACUCGCCCAGGCCCUAACCCGCUUCUACCCGCUGGCCGGACGGUUGUCGCGCCUGAAUGAGGGGCAACAGCAGCCGGCGGCCGAUUCAGUUCCAUUAAUGUUCAUCCAUUGCAGCGACGAGGGUGUUCCCUUCUCUACGGCCGACGGCGGAGGUUUUGGUUCGUCCAUGGCUCUGUUUCUCGCCAGGGGACCCGAUGCCGACUCGCUCGAGCAAUUCCUCCCUUUCCCGGCGGGGCUGCUCCUCACGACGGAGGCCAUCGAAUCCGCGCCGCUGUUCGCCGCCAGGGCCACCCUUUUCCCCUGCGGCGGGAUCGCCGUCGGGGUCUGCGGGACCCACAAGAUUAUGGACGCGCACACCUCCGCCGAUUUUGUGAAAUUCUGGGGGGCCGCCGCCUGCAGGCAGGGGAGUGAAGUAGGCGGCGCCGCCUACGCUCACGACCGCGCAGCCACGUCACUGUUUCCACUGAGUCCCGACGAUGUGGGGCCUCCCGCCGUGAAUUUCGGAUGUGAAGAAGGGCAGAAGAAGAUGGUGACGAGGAGAUUCGUGUUUGAUGGGGAAGCCAUUUCCGCUCUGAAAUCCGGAGCUAGGAGCGACCGGGUUUCCAACCCGACCCGCUCCGAGGUUGUUUUCGGGUUCAUAUGGAAAUCCGCGGUCAAUGCCACCGCUAAAGCAGUAACGUCAACCGGCGGUGGAGAGGCAGUUUACUCCGUCGGAGGGAUGCUCGUGGACCUACGACCUAGAAUGAAAGAGCCAUGGCUGGACUACUCCGUCGGCAACAUAUUUUGGUCGAACCCCACGGUGUACAAGUACGACAGUAAACAACGGUCGGAUGAAGCAAAGACAUUGCAGCAGCUGGUGGGUGAAUUGAGGAGUUCGGUUUCAAAGGUAGACGAGAAGUUGAUGGAGAAGUUAGAAGGCGGGGAUGGAAGGGAGGAGUUCUUCAUGAAUCAGCAGUCGUGGCUUAUGGCAUUGAUGCCAACGGGCGUAGCUGAAAGUGACAUCACGGUGAUGACAUUUUGGAUGUCGAGCAUGGUCGGGAUAGGGUUCUACGAUGUGGAUUUUGGAUGGGGAAAACCUGUUUGGGUCGGCAUGACUGGAUUUGCAAAUCAGAUGUUCAACAGGGUUAUGUUGAUGGAGUCGCCGAUUGGACAUGGAAUCGAAGCUUGGGUUACCUUGCAUGAGCAUGAAAUGACCAUCAUGGAACAUGAUCCUAGAUUCCUUGCUUAUGCAAACAACAAUCCAAGUGUAUCAUGGGUUUGUCCGUCCCGGCUUUGAAUGGGGUGUGUGCGCAUGUUUCUCGACAGCGUCAAAUAAAACCAGAGCGUCAAAUAAAACGUUAAGCGAACUAGAAUUGUUUAAUAAGAUGUAAUGAACUUUGAAUUUCUUGUGAGCAUUUUGUAUGGUUGUAUUUCUUUCAACUAGGAUCGGUUUAAUUUGGUGUAAUGGUGCUAUCAAUCUCUAUCAAAUAUAUCACUCUUAUCUUUCCUUAUUGAUGUUGUAUGUCUCAUAAAACAUAAAUGGUGAUGUGGCAAGUUAUGUAUGAUUCACCGAAUCUACUCCCAGGAAGACAUCCAAAAGAGGGUUGACAUUAAUAACAACUUGACAAAAUUAUUAUUUGAGAUGUCAUGUAAUAAUAAGUGGUUGAUGUAAUCCUUCAUAAAAAUAAAUGAAAAUUUUAUUGACUGGUAGGAAAAAAUCGAUGUGUGUAAAUAUAGGUUAAUUGAAAUAAAUGACUAACAUUUUUGUGUGUGAAUUAUCAGAAUUUUUUAUUUUCCAUUCCCAAACUUGGACGUGAUAAAAAAUGACUUUGAAAAUUUAAAAAGUCUACCCUCUGAUGACUUCGUCCUUGGUGAUGUAGCCUAUAUAAUCAUUAUGAAUUAUGAUUUUCAAUAAAAAAAACCUGAUUAUUGGUAUUCAGGAAUCAAUAAAAAAAAACAUUUGAUGUUUGGUAUUCAAUUAUCAAUCUUCGAAUAUUAAAGAGAAAUAUUUGGUUAAAAAGUAGAACAAAGACCUGCACAAUUAGCAGAAAUUGUCAUACAACUUAUGUUUUGCACAAAGUGUAAUAAUUUUGUAAAUAAAAUGGCACACACGUUAUUUUGAAAUAUUCAGUUCCCGAUCUUACGGGUAUUGAGACGUCUUACAUAUGAUGUCGUUAAAAGUAAAUAUAUAUUUUCCUUUGUGGAUUAGGAAGAGUUGCGAGAGUGAGAGAGAGAAUUAACAUUAAUAACAACUUGCCAACAGGUGUAUGUGAUAGAAAUUAUUUGGGCUAAUUGCAAGUUUGGUCACUCGAAUUGCUAUAAAAUUUCACGUUUGGUCACUCGAAUUGGUUUAUUCCAUUCGUAGUCACUUAAAUUAGUUGAACAGUCCAAGUUUGGUCACUCUCUGUUAACCUCCGCCAGACUCCGUUAGUUCCGUCAGUUAACUGCUGAUGUGGCUAACAGAGAUGUCUAGUCACCCAAUUUAAACCCAAGAAAAAACAGAAAUUGAC